AUGGUUGUCUCUAUUCAGCAGAAGGAGAGAGUCAAGAAGACAGCCUUGUUCUUUGCUGGACUGGGACACCUUCAACCUAUGUUACUAGCAGCUACUAACUCUGACUACCUACUUGACAGGUUUCUUGUUGAGAGGCGUUGUUCCAGUGAGUAUGUCUCUAGGACAAUCACCUCACUCAUAUUCGUAGAGAUCAUAGCAACUGUUCUCAUGGGUGGUUUUGCAGUAUGCCUUGGAUUAUGGCCAGAUUAUUUCAAGGGUAUUUCCAGGGAGAAGGAGGAGGACUUUAGAGGAUAUCUCACUGUUGCUAUCCAAUGGGUUCUUUUCCUUGGAUACUUGCAGAUACUCAAGGCUUUUACAUCAGGUGGAGAAAGGGGACAUAUUCAAUGGUUUUACUAUUCUCUACUAUUUCAACACUUUUUUACCUGUAUCAUAGGUGCAGGCAUUGGAUUUAUAGAUGUGGACAGGGCACUAUGGUACCUUAUGAACAUUCCUAUGUCACCCGUUCUUAUCUUCUUCUACCAGAUGCUCAUUCACAUGUGGGCUCGUAAGAAUGGUCUGGCUUGCCCAGCGUAUCUUGUGGUCAAGAAUCAGAUAUGGCUUGCUAUUCUCAACUCAUUUAUGGCAACAGUACUGUGGACCAUAGCCUACUUUCCUGGACUGUAUAACUCUCAGUCAAUUCCAGAUGUCGUGGAAAUCAAAAUAGAGUUGGAUAAAACUGAUGGUUACUAUCCAAAGACACCUGAUUCCAUACAUAGGGACAUAUAUAUGGAUGUAACUCAAGGAUCAUCUCUAUGCCAGGCAACAUACACCUGCUAUGUCCACACGUUGAAUAGAGACAUGGGUCCUCUUAAGGAUAAGAAAUUUAUUGUUAAGGAGAUAUAUUGUGGAGGAUCUUCCAUAAAGAAUGUCUCUUUUCCAGAGCAUGAAUUCUGUACAUAUGCAGAGGUAUAUCAGUCCAAAGAGAGUGGUAAGAGGUGCUUGCUAGUUAAGCUUCUGAUGGAGGAUGGUUCAGCCUACUACUAUGCAAAUCCCGAAGGAACUUGUGGAAGGUGGUGUGUUGGCAAGUUGCCGAGUAGUCACAAGGUAGAGGAUAUUGGAAAGAUACUCAAGGAGACUAAUAAUUGUGGUAGUAGCCAAAUUAAAGACAGUGGAGACUUUCAAGCUAAAUUACUCAGUCAAGCUUCUCAACCUGGAGUAUCUAAUAAAACCACUUCUUACGCUGAUGAGAUAGUACUUAAUAUAAGCAACACUACCAAUUAUGUCUGUGAAUCUGAAGGAUCUAAAAAGACUGACAUUAUUGUGACAGUUGCUAAAGAUGAGAACCUAGUACCUUCAGUUCUUAGAGGACAGUAUAGUUGUUACACUCAUAGACCUAGUGUAAAGCGCAAGCUAGAUAAGACUCUUAAAUACCAGAACGGUCGGCCUUACCCGUUGGAUACUAUGAGCGAUAACACAUUUGAGAGACAGAACGUUGACCAUGUACACGUCUACUGUAAGAUUUCUGGAAACAGAGCAGAUCUUCUAGUUAUAGUCAUGGACGAUGGAAGUAGACACUACUACUGUAGGAACAACAUAACUUUGUCAACAGUACGUAUAGUAGGUACUAAGCUUGAGGAUACUAGGAAAAUAUUGCUUAUAACUCUUCUAAGGACUCUUAGAACUUAUGGUUCUCUCACUGGUCAAAAGGGUCUCACAAGUCUCAAUACUAAUGGUAACUACAGUGCUGAUAUUAAAGCUUGCAAGCCUACUCCGACUUCAUCCGGUUCCUCUCAUAGUCUUACUCUAGACCUCGGAAAUAAGUACCCUUAUAUAUGCACUGUAGACAAUAUGAAGACCCUUAUUAGUCUUGAGGUUCAUGCUCCCGGUAAGGAUCCUCCCUCUGGUUUCUGCAAGUACACACAUAGGAUGGAUUCUGGGAGUAAGUUUUGUUUAGACUCUAUAAAACUUGGUCAUAAUAAUACCGAAAAAAUCCUAGACUUUAGACCAUGUAUACAAGGACUCGUGGAUGAAGUGAGUGCAUACUAUGAGAAGGGAAAUACUGCGAAACCCCUCCUACUUUGCGUGAAAUCCGAUAGCUCUUACUAUUACUACUGUAAGGGCUCUGAUGACUGCUGGUACAGAUACAAGAAUGGAGAUGGUAAGGAGAUACUACCCACCGGAAGUGAUAAUAAUACUGGACUACACGGUUUGCUUGAAAAACUUAAAGGUGAUCCCAGUAAAGCACUUACCAAGGAUAACUUCCCUAAUCUUAGUGGUGACCUUAAGACAAGACUCCAAUCUGAUCAUCCUAAUUAUGACUACUGGAAAGUGUUAGGUAAUCACGAUGGUGGUUCACCGUGGAAUCCCCUAUGCUGGCGUCUAUCUGGUACCUUCAUGCCACUCGCUAUGCAUGGUUUAGCAGUUGGAGCUAUGGGUUCAAUUUAUCCUCAUUUGGUCCCAAAGACUUUGGUAUCUGCUGAGCAUGCUCGUAUAUUUAAUGUCGUCAGUAUGUUCUUGGCAGCAAUUGUUCAGAUUCUAAAUCUUAUAUUUUUUGAGUGUAAGAGCAAGGCUUUUGCCAACAGGCCUUGGGAAGGUGGAGACAAAUGGUAUCUCACCUGGCUUUUGUAUAUACCAUACUUUUUAUCGUUUCUACUCAUCAUCUUUAAUAUUCACUACCCUGACUGGAGUAUUUGUUGUUACGUUAGAAGUCACACUUGGUUGGCAUUUCUCAUUAUGCUCUCUGUUACUUUUAUCAAUGACAUUUUCCUGGCAGUAGGAAGGGGUGGUAUCAUGGACCAGAGAAGUGGAAACAGACGUCUAGGAGGAAAUCGUGAAUACUUGAAGAAUGACCAUUCCCUGUUUAAUAAAAUAGCUCCCUUUAUGGCUCUCUCUUCUGUACCAUUCUGGUUGACAACCUCUCCAAUGAUAAAGAGUUAUGCUCAUGCUGUUUGUCAGUUGUCUGAUAAAGACAGUUGGCCUACUUCAUGUUGUGGCUUUUGGAGUUCUUGGGGAUAUUGGUGUAAAUGUGGUUGUCAUGGUCUGUAUACCAGUCUUCCUAAACUAUUGACUUUUAAUAUGAGGACUGCGUUGGCUCAUAAGGAUGAUCGUUUGUUUAUUUUAGUUACUUCUGACUUGCCCAAAGAGGAAUGGUUUACUGAUUGGUAA